AUGGCCCGUACACAAUGCGACCACGUUGACCUGGGCGAUGGCAAUGUGGGGCGCGAUGUUGGCGCCGUGUUGAUCCUGUUCAUCUUUUUGGCGCUGGCGAGCGCAGGAGGCAUCGGUGGCGGCGGUAUCAUCGUACCCAUGCUCCUGGUUGUGGGCGACUUUCCGACAUACUAUGCCAUCCCCCUCUCUGUGACCGCCAUUGUGGGCGGCUCCAUUGUUCGCUUCAUCAUGCAGGUUCAGCGCAAACACCCCAAUCCCAAGGUGGCUCAUCGACAGCUCAUCAACUACCCGAUGGUGCUCCUCCUCCUUCCCAUGGCCCUGGCUGGAACCGUCAUUGGUGUCCUUCUCAACUCUGUUGCCCCCAACUGGCUCAUCCUGGCCACCAUCUUUCUUGUCCUCACCUACACCUCCUUCAAGACCCUCAAAAAAGGCAAGGAGCUUCGAGCCAAGGAAAAGGAGGCGCAUGCGCAAAUGGCCGCCACCGAACUGCACACCAUGGAACUCAUUGUUGACGACAAUGGCGACAACAAAAACAAGGUGCCGCACGUUGCCGACGACUCGGGCGACAGUGGCAUCGACCCCGAGGCCGGCUUUGGCCUGGACCAGGUCAUUCGCAAGGAGAAGCUGCGCGACAUUCAUGCCGAGGAAGCACGCUUUCCCUGGUUCUACAUUGUCGUCACCUUUGCAGAGCUCGUCGGACUCAUCGUGCUCAACUUGAUCAAGGGCGGCAAAGACUCCUCGCUGGCCGGUGUCGACUGUGGCUCGGGUGAAUACUGGGGUGUCAUCGCCUCUACCUUUGUCUACCUCCUGCUCUGCUCCGCCUUUGCCAUUGUCGUGGUGAAACGAGAUUAUGCCCGCAAAGUCGACGCCGGUUACAAGUUUGUCGAGGGCGACAUUGACUUUUCCGGAUCCCGCCUUUACAAAUACCCCCUCUUCGGUACAGCUGCAUCCCUGCCUUUUGCCCGCGGUGGUCUCUCUCCUUGUCGUGUGAUUGGCCGGGGAAAAAAGAACAAGGCAUGGCCGCUCACGCCGUCGUUACUGACGUGGAAACGCCCAUAUGCACCAAUGCAGCCAUUGCCGCGGGUUUUGUUGCCGGCUUCCUGGGCAUUGGUGAGCUCAGCCACCACCUCGUACAUGACGCUCUUCACGUCGAUCAGCUCGUUUACGCAGUUUCUGGUCCUGAACCGCGUGCCUGUCGAUUACGGCAUCCUCCUCUUCUUCCUGGCCGCCGUGGCCUCUGUGCUGGGCCAGCUGGCGUUGAACAGCUACGUGCGAAAGACGGGCAAGAACUCAAUCAUCGCCUACAUCCUCGGCGUCAUCAUCUCCCUGGCCACGGUCCUUCUUAUCGUAACCGGAGCCAUCAGCAUUGCCGAGGACGCCGAGCAAGGAGUUGGCGUCGUCUGCACGGGCAACCGGUGGCUCUUGGGCACCAGAAUCGCCUACUACCAACGACCUGGUAGCGCCCUCAGAACCGGGGUGGCGUCUUUGAUCAUUACGUGCGUCUGCUCUGAACGACUGGGAGACGCCUUCAACCCUUGA